UUUCAGAGUCGAACGAAAUAUAUUAGAAACCCUAGCUGCGUUCAUCGCUCUCUCACGGUCGGUCGGAAACAGAGGAGAUUCAUCAGAGUUUUACUAAUGGCUCACAGGGUUCAUCAGUACCAGGUUGUGGGCAGAGCUCUCCCAUCUGAAACCGAUGAUCAUCCUAAGAUAUAUCGGAUGAAACUAUGGGCUACAAAUGAGGUUCGCGCCAAGUCCAAAUUCUGGUACUUUCUGAGGAAACUCAAAAAGAUCAAGAAGAGCAAUGGUCAGCUCCUUGCUAUCAACGAGAUAUUUGAGAAGAAUCCGACCAAGAUCAAGAACUAUGGUAUCUGGCUGCGUUAUCAGAGUCGUACUGGUUAUCAUAACAUGUACAAGGAGUACAGGGACACGACCUUGAAUGGUGGAGUUGAACAUAUGUAUAAUGAGAUGGCUUCACGUCACAGAGUGAGGCAUCACUGCAUUCAGAUCAUAAAGACUGCGACCAUACCAGCAAAGCUAUGCAAGAGGGAGAGCACUAAACAGUUCCACAAUUCUGCCAUCAAGUUCCCUUUGGUGUCCAAGAAGGUGAGGCCACCUACCAGGAAGCUGAAGACUACCUACAAGGCGUCAAGGCCCAACUUGUUUAUGUAAUUCUCUUCUUGAAAGAAUUACUCAGACAUUAAGAACUUCGAGAAUUUUGUUUGUUAUCUGAAAACUAUAAGACAUGUGUUUUGGAAGCCAUAAUUUGUCAGUUUGUUUUUUGAAUGAAUGCAUGAGCAACCCAUUUUGUUA